AGGAUACUGCUACUACAACUCCUCACUCUCUAGCAGCACUUUUAACUCAAGCUGAAACUAUAUCUACCAACAGCAAUAACUCACCAUUGGUCAGCCCAAUACCAAUGGAUACAAAUGAACACUUCAAUGAGUAA